AUGAAGGUUUUAGCCGUUGCUCUCUUUACUGCCCUCGUGUGCGUCACAAAGGCCUCACCAAUCGGAGAGGAGGUAGGAAUUCCAGAACUGGCAGCAGAUGCCAUGGAACCAAUGGAGUUGUUAAACGGCGCUCGUCAAGGGAUCUGCUCGGCCGUGUGUCAGAACUUGUGCAGGAGGAUGGGAUGGUUAAUCGGAAACUGCAACGCGCAAGGAAUGUGCAUCUGCAGACGUUAA